GCAUGCGCCGCUACAUCAAACCUGCCCCCCUCAACAUCGUCUCCCGCACCGCACCCUCAUCCUCCUCUACCGCCCGUCCCACCACGCACGGCUACACCUCCCUCGUAACCCCCUACACCCCCGCCAUCUCCACCGCGCGCUCAGCUCGAUCGGCACACUCCCCGUCCUCAUACUACAGUACCGACAUUCCCUUGUCAGCAUUCAUCCGCUCCCCCCUCGCACCACGGACGCCGUUGGGAUAUGCCGGUGCUGCGUUCGGGCAUGCGGCCCCGGAUGAGAGUCCGACGUUGGGAAGGCAUGAGCCUGACCCGUUCUGCCCUAUCAACUACAGGUCGACGAAUGAGGAGAGGAGAGUGCCGCCAUCGAAGGUCAAGCCGGUUACGUAUCGGAAUACACUGAGGAAUGGUGAGAUCUUUGGGAUUCCGUCGACGCCGGCGCCUGGACGUUUGGUCGCUGGGACCAAUGGGCAGUCGUAUGGUGUUGGGAAGUUUACGGAGCGGUUUACACCUUCACGCCCGGGCUCGGAACUGGGGUAUGAAGCCGGUAAUGCACCGAUGAUCUCGAACUUUAAUCGUGCUCCCACUCCGGCGCCGACGGAGGGCUUACCACCUGUGCCGCCGCUGAAGAUCAAGAAGCCGAAGGUUUAUAAGACGCACGAGGAGGAGAAUGCCGAACGACGCGCGAAACUAAAGGCCGGCGUGACCAAUCUUUUCUCCAAGUUUAGCGGUGGGCCCGGCCAAACUCAUUCACACUCUGGCCACGCUCAUGCUGAUCCGUUGAGGGAUGUGAUGCUCGAGCAGCAAAGGCUCCAGGAAGCCACACAUGCCGGGAUCUAUGGCAUGAGUAAAGUUGAAGGAAUGUACAAGGAAAGCAAAGCUGCGCAGAGGUUGAAGAGUAAGAUUAAGAUGAUCAAGCCGGCUGAGGGGAGGAACAUGUACGGAUACUUUUGAGCAUAGCAUCUGAUCAUAAUCAUAAUCGUAAUAUAAGUACUAAUGGGUAUCACUUAUCGUCGUUUUCCUU